AUGCCCUUUUCAAGAACGAGGACCGGUUGUUAUACCUGCCGGGAAGAAGGUUACAAAUGUGAUGAGCAGAAGCCCUUCUGCGGCCGCUGCGUGCGGCUGGACAAGACUUGUAAGGGCUACGGCGUCAAGCUGCGCUGGCAAACCCCCGAGCUGCCACAGUCGAAGGAGCCGAGGAGGAGACGGCAGCAGCGGAGACUCUCGCCGGGGAGCCACGGGACAUCCACGGUCACCCCUUCGGCCGCCUCCAGUCCAGCCGUAUCGCCAAGUCCGACGUCGCCAAUGACACAAAUGGCCCUGACCCCCGUGGCACCUGUGUCCAUCGGGAGCAAUAUGGAUCCCGAGCAUCGGUAUUUGCUGGACCAUUGGACAACGACACUCGGCGGCGUCAUCUCAAUGGCGACAGGCACCCAUCAGAACCCGUUCCUGCUCCACCUUACCCCCAUGAUGGCACAUUCUACGUCUCUCCGUUUCGCCCUGUGUUCGAUAGCGGCAUGUCACUUGGCAGCGUUGAAGAACGACCAGUCUCUGCAGACUACAGCGACCCGCCAUCGGCUUCGUGCUGUUUCCUCACUACGGCAAAGCAUACAGACGGAUGACCCGGAACUUUCAUUAGCUACUGUGCUUAUGCUACAGCUUUCUGAUAGGCUGUUCACCACAGACUCCGGAGUCGAUCAUCUUGCGGGGGCCAAUGCAAUCAUCAAGCGAGGCGGUGCCAACGCGUGGAACAGCUCCAGCGCGUCUUUCCUGCUGAGCCUCUGUUGCUAUCACGACAUUCUCACUUCGGUUUCUCGGGGUACUAGGCCAAUCUUGGAGCUAAAGAGUCAAGUCCCGAUUGAGGGUGCCAUGUCUUUGCAAGAGCUCACGUCUGUCCUGCAGGUCGUUGCACAAAUCAGCAGGCUACAGGGCCAGGAUCAUCUUGAUGCCCAGGGUCGCGCUAUAGAACAGACGCUGCAGACGUUUGAUGCGUCAAUCCACAGCGGAGGUGAAAGCGGCCAUACAUUACAAGCUUACAAGCAUGCGUCAUUCAUAUACCUCUAUCGUGUUUGGCAAGCUGGUGCGCCACAUCCUUCGGCUAUGAAUGAUCACGCCAGGAGUUGCCUCCAGCACCUGAGCGAGGUUCCAGUCUCCUCGCCAUUGGUGUCGGCUCACGUCUGGCCACUCUGGACCGCUGGCUGCGAGACCAUCGGCGGUGAACAACGCCAACUCGUUGGAGAGAGGAUUGAGGCUAUGUGGGAGGCGCGUCACCUCCCAUCACUACGACGCAUCAAGCAAGACAUGGAAGAAGUUUGGCUGAUUAAAGACAAGCAAAGAAACUUGAUUGGCGAGGAUAAUGUCGACUGUAUCAAAGCGAUCCUGACUCAUCGCCGGCGAGCCGCUGACCUUGCCUAA